AUGCAGCACCAGGGAAAAAUUGGAGUUAAAUUUAAUGUUGGGACGGAUGACAUCGCCAUCGAAGAGAUGAACGCCAUCAUUAACGAUGGGAAGUACCACGUGGUUCGCUUCACAAGGAGUGGUGGCAAUGCCACCCUACAGGUGGACAACUGGCCCGUCAUCGAGCGUUACCCAGCAGGAAACAAUGAUAACGAGCGCCUGGCGAUUGCUAGACAGCGAAUUCCAUAUCGACUUGGUCGAGUAGUUGAUGAAUGGCUACUCGACAAAGGGCGUCAGCUCACAAUCUUCAAUAGCCAAGCAACCAUAAAAAUUGGAGGCAAGGAACGUGGCCACCCUUUCCAAGGCCAGCUCUCUGGUCUUUACUACAAUGGCUUGAAAGUUCUGAAUAUGGCAGCAGAAAAUGAUGCCAACAUCGUGAUAGAAGGAAAUGUGAGACUUGUUGGUGAAGUGCCUUCCUCUAUGACAACCGAGUCCACAGCCACCGCGAUGCAGUCAGAGAUGUCCACUUCAGUCAUGGAAACAACUACCACGUUGGCCACGAGCACCGCCAGAAGAGGAAAGGCUCCGACCAAAGAACCCAUUGGUCAGUCUACAGAUGACAUCCUGGUGGCUUCAGCUGAAUGUCCUAGUGAUGAUGAGGACAUCGAUCCCUGUGAGCCGAGCUCAGCAAACCCUACCAGGGCAGGAGGAGGAAGGGAGUACCCCGGCUCGUCCGAGGUGAUCCGUGAAUCCAGCAGCACGACGGGCAUGGUGGUUGGGAUCGUGGCAGCAGCGGCGCUGUGCAUCCUCAUCCUCCUGUAUGCCAUGUACAAGUACAGGAAUCGAGACGAAGGAUCCUACCACGUGGAUGAGAGUCGAAACUACAUCAGUAACUCAGCACAAUCCAAUGGGGCUGUGAUCAAGGAGAAACAGCCCAACAGCGCUAAAAGUUCCAACAAAAACAAGAAAAAUAAGGAUAAGGAGUACUAUGUCUGAUCUCAACAUCUAAAAGAACGCUUGUAUAGAAAUAGUCUUCAUUUUAUCUGAGACAUAAUACAAACUUAUUUACUUUACUUUUUAUGAAGCACAUUCAAAAACAAACAAACAGAAAAGACAGGGAAUGCAAUCAGAAAGGAAAGACUGUUUUUAAAAACAAGCAUUUCAUGCUCUUGUUUUUCAGAAACAGGAGCUGAUAAAUUCCCUAACAUCCACAGUGUUUUCAUUUACUCUGCCUGUCUUUAUGUUGCUGGAACGUUUCUGAAAGACAAUGAUGACACCACGCAUUCAUAAAGCAAGGAGUAUUACUACAACAUCGAGGCACAAUAUGAAAAAAAAAUCAAAUUAAAAAAAAAACAAAACAGGAAAAAAAAAGAAAAAAGAAGCUACCUAUGAUUCUGGAUUUAGCCAAAGUGCUAGCGCUUUCUUGAGAAGUAAGUUAGUCUUAUUGUCAGAGAAGACUGUCAUUAUAUAUGGUGACUCAACAAGCAAACAUAGAGUUUGCCAUCUGGUGCAGUGAAGCAGUGAUUGGAAACUUGCAUUUUGAAACAAAGUGCUGGCUUUUCUGAAGACUUAUGUAGAAAUACUUUCAAAAAGCCCCUUUCUGGUUGUGAGGAAAAUAGUACGGAGGCCUUAUUUUCAAAAACAAAAACAAAAAUCUGGAAUAUAAGGCACAUUUCCACAAAAAAAAAAAAAAAAAAGAAAAAAAAGAAAAAAAAAAGAAAAACAAGAGGGCAUAGAUGCAAUCAUUGGGAAAUUUUCAUGCACGCUUAAUAUGUUAUUACAUAUGUUUAUAUAAAAACACAUCUAUAUGUGCUUUCUGGACUGUGAUAAGUGAUGUUUUAUAGCCUGUUGUAUAGAAAAUGCAAACUAUAUCUGCUCUUCAACCAUUUUUGGUAAACUCAAUGUUAUAAGUGUUGCUAGGUAUAGAAAGUUUUAUGACAUCUGGAGCAACAGACAUUCUUCAGUUUUUUUGCAGCCAUUAUAAAUUGUCCCAGACUUUUUCCCCUUUUUUUUUUUAAUUUUUAAUUUACAGUGUAGUGGUUAUACAAAGGGGGAUGUGUAUGAAUGUAUAUAAGAGUCAGCUAAUUUUUUUCUUACCUGUACAGCUCUAUUAUGUUGCAAUUAAGUUUCAGUAGUUUGUAUGAAAGAAGUGGACUAGAAAGCAAAAAUAUAUCUCUACUGUAAUUUGUCUUCUCCCUCCUAUCUCCAUCUCUUGCUCCUGAUAUGCAUCAAUGAAGUUGAUCAAAAUGGCCAAUUUUCCUAGAAAUAUACAUUCAUUAAUUAGCUAAAUAUUUAGUUUCUUAAACUGGCCUUUGGCUUCCAGUCAAAGCUUCACUAUUGGAGAGCAUGGUUUGCCUUAGAGAAACCUUGUUCUUAGAAAUUACAAGAAUGAUGAGUGUCUUGAGAAUCUUAGGAAGUAUCAUAUAGUGUUUAUCUGGCAUUCAUAUGAAGAACAGCUUCUACAGCACUGGGUGGUGAAAGAUCUAAAAAUACCCAUUGCAAUUAUCCAGGCUGAUUCUAUUGCAGAAUUUAUCCCUUUCUCCAAAAAGGAAAUACUCUUGAAGUGCACGAUAGUAUUUUUCAAUGGUGGGCAUUUUGACAUAUGAAAAAGUAUUUUUUAGCUAAGUUGAUUGUGUAGUAUUGCAAGACAUCAUAACCAGACAGAUAUAAGUUCAUUAUGUUUUAAAGUGACACAGCUUAUCUCGCAUAUAUAAAACAUUAAUGCAUUUUAGUUAAACACAUGAAAUGUAAUGCUGUAAUUUACAUGUUAAGUUUGGAAUUUUUUUCUAGUAGUAUUUCAUUAGUUUCACAGCAAUAAAUCAUAACAUAACAUUUUAUUUACACAGAAGUUCAAAGGGAAUACAUUAGACAGAAAGAGGGUAGUUCAAUAGAAAUCAACCAAAUCAUCAGAAGGCCUCCUGGGAGGGAUAUAGAUAUUCACACUUUACAGACAGGAAAGAGAAAUUUAAAAUUAGCUUUAAACAGCAGACACAAAACGUUUUGUUGUGUCUUACUCACUGUAGCUGAUGAAAAAAGUUGGGAACUGGUACAGCUAUCUAUCUGGGAGUCAGAGCACUUUAAAAAUACAUGUAGCUGACAUGAAAACACCUCUCUUGAAGUUUGCCAACCACAUCAAGGUGUGCCAUGUUGCAUUUGUGAAAAGACUUUAUUUUCAUUAGCAUUUACACAAAAAUGAAGAAAAAACCAAAACCACAAAAAAGCCACAAAAUCCACCUGAUGUUCAUUUCUUAGAUUGUUGCUCACCUGUGGCACUCAUAAUUUCUCCCACCUUUACAAGACAGCUGUACUCAGGGAAUGGCAGGGGCAAGGGUGACUGGAGGUUAUUGCUGGAAGCAAGAGGGGGGAAAGAAGUUGAAAGCCAGGUGGUGUUCAGACUUCAGUGCUUGAAGAUACCUAGAAGAACAAGAGUAAUCUGUUGACAGGAGACUGGACAUGACAGAAUAUGAUUUGGGCAAGAUGAAACGGUCUUUUCUGCUUGGUGUUGAUUGCAUUAAUGAAAUAGUGUUGUCAGGAUAACUUCCAGGCAGUUAAAAAUCAAUCUUUAACUAAAUCCAUACAUUAAAAAAAAACCCAAAAAACCUGCUACUAUUAAAAUAAGAAAACAUGAUUUUAACACUGUUUCUGAAGGUUCUCCUUUUUUCCUCUUUAAUUUCAUAAUUUAACAAAAAAAACAAAAACAAAACAAUUAUGGAUGUAUCAGAAAUGCCAGCAAGUGGAUUUAAAAUUCCUUUUUGUUUAAAAGCAGCAACAACAAACAAACAGACAUAAACCAACUACCUAAUAUAAAAUUGGAUCCUUUCUCUAUAGUAACCUAAUUUGUUUGACUGAGAUGGCUUCAUUUCUAUGACUGUAUUGUGUUGCCUUUUUUAACAAAACACUAAAUAACAUGUGAAACUUUCAACCCUAAGACAUCAAAGAGAGGCCCAAUGCCCCUAACCUUAUAGUGCUUUCUGUGAUAGAUAUUUACAAUUUUUUUAUUUGUUGCAAGGCCAAUUUAUUCAUUAUUGGAAAUGCUAAGCAAGUGGAAUUUACUGUUUUGUUAAUAAAAAUGUUUCUUAAUACAAA